AUGACCAAUCAAUCCAAAUCCAAGUCUUCAUGGGGUUCAAGCAUGGUGCAGAACUUCAAAGCUGACAAGAAACCCAAGGCUCACAUUGUCACACUCCAAACCAAGAAGCUCCCUUUAUCAAAUUCAGAUGCUGCAAAUGCAAAACAAAAGAACCCAUCAGUGGUUUCUCAUUCUAGAGCUGUGGAGAUAUCAAAGGAAGCGAAAUCAACGAGGAACCUUGAUAUAGAAGCUGUGGAACUGAGGAGAUUGAACAAGGAGUUGCAAUUGGAGAAGAGGAGCCUUGCUUUAAAGGUUUCUUCUUUGGAGACUCAAUUGGCUUCUCUUGUCAAAGUUAAUCAGAGAGAUGUUGUUGCAAAAUUAAAAGCUGAGGCAUCAAUGUUGAGGCACACAAAUGAAAACCUCGGUAAACAAAUAGAAGGUUUACAAAUGAGGCGGUUGAAUGAGGUUGAGGAGCUUGCAUACUUGAGAUGGGUUAAUUCAUGUUUAAGAGAUGAACUAAGGAACUCAAGCUCAGAAAACAAUGGUAUAAAGAGAUUAAAUUUAAUUAAAAAGAUAAAGAAAUGGCCUUUUAGCAGCCAUGAUUCUUCAACCAUAGAUCAUGCAGCUAAUCAUGUGGAAAAAGAUUGGAAAGGGCAAUCUAAUGCCAUUAUGUGUAGAAAAGAAAUGGGAAAGGAUGGAACAAUUCAAAGAUUGCAGCUCUUGGGAAAUUGUGAUGAAACUAACGAGAAAAGGGCUUCGAGGAUUCCAAAUACUCCUCCGAAACCUUCAAGUUCAGUUUCUAAUGGACCUAAAGAGGGAGGUUGUAUUCAAAUUCCGCCCCCUCCUCCACCUCCACCUCCAUCUCGGAAGUUUUCGGAGAGAAGCGGCAUAGGAUCAGUGCAGCCAGCUCGUCAAGUAGUUGAGUUUUAUCAUUCACUGAUGAAAAGAGUAUCUAGAAAGGAUUCUCACAAUGGAGGACCACAUGAUGUGCCUGAUGUUGCAAAUGUUCAUAGCAACAUGAUUGGUGAAAUUCAGAACAGAUCAUCACAUUUGCUUGCUAUUAAGGCUGAUGUUGAAACUCAAGGAGAAUUUGUGAAUUCAUUGAUAAAAGAAGUCAAUAAUGCUGUUUAUCAUAACAUUGAAGAUGUAGUAGCAUUUGUCAAGUGGCUUGAUGAUGAACUUUCCUAUCUAGUUGAUGAAAGGGCAGUUUUGAAGCACUUCGAAUGGCCAGAAAAAAAAGCUGACACAUUAAGAGAAGCAGCAUUUGAGUAUGGGGAUCUCAAGAAAUUGGAGUCUGAGAUUUUAUAUCACAAAGAUGGUGAUAGUGAUUCAACAAUGCCUUGUGAUAUUGCCUUAACCAAAAUGGCUACUUUAUUUGAGAAGAUCCAACGUACAGUUUAUAGCAUAGUUCGUACAAGAGAUUCAUUGAUGCAUAGCUGGAAGGAAUUCCAAAUUCCCACUGAUUGGAUGCUUGACAAUGGGAUUAUAAGCAAGAUUAAACAAGGAACGGUGAAAUUGGGAAAGAGGUAUAUGAAAAGGAUAGCCAUGGAAGUGCAGUUGAAAGCAACCAUGGAAAAGGAUGAUCCUUCCAUGGAUUAUAUGCUUCUUCAAGGUGUCAAAUUUGCUUUCAGAAUACAUCAGUUUGCAGGAGGAUUUGAUGAUGAAACAAUGCAUGCAUUCGUGGAACUCAAAAACCUUGUCGACCUCCUCAGCAACAAUCAGCAGACAAAGAAAUGA